GGGCAACGUGUGCUUUGUCGCCAUGGGGGACGACGUGGAGGUAGAGAAUGCCGAACUGGUGCCCUACCUGGCGGAGCUGACCUCCACAGAGCCGGAAAGUCUCCUCAACACGCUCCUCUAUCGGACAGUGGCCACCGGGGGCGGGGAAGUCAUCCAAAAGGGCCACAGUGCCAACGAGGCCAACUACGCGAGGGAUGCUUGCGCCAAGGUAGUAGCUAUGGCAAGGUGUGGAAAUGUUCAGGGAGGCAGUCAACUUAAGCAGUCAACUUCAAAAUCCCAAACGUGUCAACAAUUAUUCGAAGUUCUCACCCUGGACACCAUUUUUGCUGGACGUAUGGCAACCAAUAACCAGGAUACCUGAUGUACCGUCUCACUCCUUAUUUACUUAUUUAAUCCAUUUACUCGUUGUGUUUAUGUUCCGCCUUCUCCUCCAAGGAGCUCAAAGUGGUUCUCUCCCUCCCCAUUUAAGCCCCACAACAACCCCGGGGAUGGACCGUAUUUUUCGCUCUAUAGGACGCACCGGACCAUAGGAGGGGGAGAACAGGGGGAAAAAAAUAUUAUCCCCCUCUCUGCUCAGUGUCCCUUCAGCGAAGCAGCAGGAGAAACGGAGCCCCUUCCAUUUCUCCUCCCGCUUGGCUGAAGGGGCGCUGCACAGCUCUCCCUCUCUGCUGAAGCCAGGAGAGUCUGGCUCUCCCGGCUUCAGCGAUAGCCACGCGAAGCCUCCGAAGUGCAUAGGGAGCUCUCCCUCUGCGCUCCAAAGGCUUCAGGCGGCUAUCCCUGAAGCCUGGAGAGUGAGAGGGGUCGGUGCGCACCAACCCUUCUCACUCUCCAGGCUUCAGCAAAAGCAACGCGAAGCCUCCAGAGCUCAGAGGGAGCGCUCCCUCUGCGCUUCGGAGGCUUCGCGUUGCUAUCGCUGAAGCCAAGGAGCCUGCAUUCGCUCCAUAGGACGCACAUACAUUUCCCCUUAAUUUUUGGAGGGGAAAAAGUGCGUCCUAUAGAGCGAAAAAUACGGUAGGUUCAGCUGAGAGGCAGUGACUGGCGUUCCAGGAGUAAGAAACCAAUGCAAAAAAACCUGUUCUUGUGCUGCCACCCUCCAGACCUCUUGCAAAGGAGGCUCACGGUGGUCUCACGAUAGUCUCCUGAGGCAUUUAAAGCCGCUGAAAUCUGAAAACUCUGUUCAACCGAAAGAUGACACGGCCAUCACCCUGUUUUCACCUACAGGCCUUCUAUGAGCGUCUAUUCUGCUGGAUCGUGGCCCGCAUCAACACGGUCAUUGAGGUCAAGAACUACGAUGCCCGAAUCCAUGGCAAGAAUACGGUGAUUGGAGUCCUGGACAUCUAUGGCUUCGAGAUCUUCGACAACAAUAGGUUGGUGUCUUUCACCUAGGGGAGACCCCCCCUGAGGCAAACGAAAUACAGUUCUGCACCCGCUUCUGCGCUAAACAUUUAAAGCAGUGUGAUAACUAUUUAAACAGUCGUCCCAGAACUACAUUUCCCUUUUAAUGUUUAAUAGGUUAUUGUAUUUUAGUGUUUUGUUGGAAGCUGCCCAGAGUGACUUGGGAAACCCAGCCAGAUGGGUGGGGUAUAAAUAAUAAAUUAUUAUUAUUAUUAUUAUUAUUAUUAUUAUUAUACCACUGACCGUCUUCCUGGCCCUGCUCUGAACCUCUUCCAAUCUGCCUAGCUCUUUCCGAAAGUGUGAUGUCCAGAAUUAGGCCUGCUCAAAUUUGGGUUCCCUGAUCCUAAAAUGACAUCGAUGGACAGGCAUUUCAGGGCCAACAAAAGAAAGCCCACUCUGCCCUGCAAAAAUGCGACAUUAACUUAUGGAACUCACUGUCACAAGAUGUGACAAUAGCCACUGUCUCAGGUGACUUGUAAAGAAAAUUAGACAAAUGCGUAGGCUGUCUGAUCAAUAACUUGUAGUCGUGACAGCUAUAUAGAAAUAUUAUUUAGAUCCAGAGGCAUUAUGGCAUUAAAAGUGAACCCAGGUUCAAAUCUCCAGCGUGAAGCUCACGGGCUCACCUUCCAUAGUAAUUAAAUAAGUCUGGACUCUGCCACUGAGUUAUGGUUUGCCCUGGGGUGCAGAAUCCCCUUUGCUCUGUGGGGUGCGGAUUGGGGUCCUGAGUCUUGCCUGCUCCCUCUCCCUUUCAGCUUUGAACAGUUCUGCAUUAACUACUGCAACGAGAAGCUGCAGCAGCUGUUCAUCGAGCUGAUCUUGCAGCAGGAGCAGGAGGAGUACCAGCGCGAGGGGAUCGAGUGGCAACACGUGAGUCGCGGUGGCCGGUGAGGGGGAGAUCAUGGCAGGAUGGGAAAGAUGUGGGGUUUUCUGGUUGCAUAUUUUGUUUUAUGUGGUGAACUGCCCUGUGAUCUUUGGAUGAAGGGCGGUACAGCGGUACCUCGGGUUACAGAUGCUUCAGGUUACAGACUCCGCUAAGCCAUAAACAGUACCUCGGGUUCAGAACUUUGCUUCAGGAUGAGAACAGAAAUCACGCGGUGGCGGCAGCGGGAGGCCCCAUUAGCUAAAGUGGUACCUCAGGUUAAGAACAGUUUCAGGUUAAGAACGGACCUCCAGAACAAAUUAACUCCUAUUUGGGGACUUCCCUGGCUUUUUUCUGGUCCACGUAGGACCAGUCUGGAUAGUCGGCCUUGGUGAAGAUUUGACGUUUUCAUCCCCAAAAAGUUUUUGAUUUGAGUUUCUACUGAAAUGAGGCUGCAUUUUAAUAUUGUAUUUUAAUCUUGUUUUUAAGUUGUAUUUUAUCAAUUGUUUUUAUACCGGUGUUAGCUGCCCUGAGCCCAGGCUUGGCUGGGGAGGGCGGGAUAUAAAUAAAAUUUAUUAUUAUUAUUAUUAACCCAAGGUACCACUGGAUAUCAAUUCAAUAAAAAAUAACAACCACAGAAUCUCCUCUCUGGGAUUUCACAGGAGAACUGCAUGAGUCUUAACCCUUUGCAACAAGUGGAAUUUUAUUUUGGCUGCAGUAGUAUUCCCCACACUACCCCUGAGCAGCGGCGUAGCGUGGGUUGUCAGCACCCGGGGCAAGGCAAGUAAUUUGCGCCCCCUAACCCCUAACCUGCUGCCGCUGCCAGCUUCUUCUUGCUGCUGCCUGGUCUGGUCUGGUGUGGUUCUCUCCCGCGCUCAGCGCUGCGCUGGGCGGCCGCUGCACUGUCCCUCCCCCAGAUAGUCCUUCGCUCUCUCUCCGCACCACACGCCUGGCACCCACCCCCUCCACAGUGGGCGGCGACCCAGCGGCUCGGAUUCUCACAGCCAGCACUGCAGUGAGAGAGAGUGAGUGAGCCAGGUAGGGGCAGAGAGCUGCGAGUGCGAGCGCGCCCCCCCCAGAUGUUGCGCACGGUGCGGCCAGCCCCCCCUGCACCCCCCACGCUACGCCACUGCAGUCUGGAUAGCUGACCUUGGUGAAGAUUUGACGUUUUCAUCCCCAAAAAGUUUUUGAUUUGAGUUUCUACUGAAAUGAGGCUACAUUUUAAUGUUGCAUUUUAAUCUUGUUUUUAAGUUGUAUUUCAAUCAAUUGUUUUAUACUUGGUGUUAGCCACCCUGAGCCCGGUUUUAGCUAGGGAGGGCGGGGUAUAAAUAAAAUUUAUCAUUAUUAUUAUUAACCCGAGGUACCACUGUAUAUCAAUUUAAUAAAAAAUCACAACCACACAGAAUCUCCUCUCUGGGAUUUCACAGGGGAACUGAGUGAGUCUUAAACCUUUGCUUAUCUAGCAACACAUGGAAUUUUAUUUUGGUUACAAUACUAUUUCCUAUUCUACCCCUGAGUCACAGUCCUUCCGAAAGGUCUCCCGGAGACUUUGUUUUCACCGUUUUCCCGCCUCGCCCUUGACAGAUUGAAUAUUUCAACAACCAAAUCAUUGUGGACCUGGUGGAGGAGCCGCACAAGGGCAUCAUCGCUGUGCUGGAUGAGGCCUGCCUGACUGGGGGGAAAGUCACCGACACCCUGUUCCUGGAGUCCAUGAAUGCCAGGCUUGGCAAACACCCACACUAUACCAGCAGGAAGGUAAGGUAAAGGUAAAGGGACCCCUGACCGUUAGGUCCAGUCGUGGACGACUCUGGGGUUGCGGCGCUUAUCUCGCUUUAUUGGCCGAGGGAGCCGGCGUACAGCUUCCGGGUCAUGUGCCAGCAUGACUAAGCCACUUGUGGUGAACCAGAGCAGCGCACGGAAACGCCAUUUACCUUCCCGCUGGAGUGGUACCUAUUUAUCUACUUGCACUUUGACGUGCUUACGAACUGCUAGGUUGGCAGGAGCAGGGACCGAACUAUGGG